AUGGCCGUUAGGCAUGUUGGUGAUAUGUUCUCUCCCAUGCACAGUUUCUGCGGACCGCGGCGGGAUAAAGCCCAUGGUGUGAGGGGACCAACAAAGGAUCCAAACUCCCUGUCGAAUUUUGCUGUCGCCUUUGCCACGCCUCAUGGAUACCUCACGAUGUACGUGGGUAACGUAACGGGAAAAGAGGUCGGCAAGUCCCUUGUCAAGAAUAACGAAGAGCAUGCUCAAUGCAGAAGUUGUGACGUUGUCAAGCGAAAUUCCAAUAGCCACAAGUCUUCCUAA